GUCCAAAAUAUUUUAAAAAACACUUUCCUAACUCACGACCCUUCGCAACCACCAGUCAACCCCUAACACUCCCCAAUCGUUUUAAUUUGUGAUCUUGUGAUAGAAUGCUCGACGUUAUGUACCCAUUUAUGGCAUUCAUGAAUGUUGAAAGUACACGCUGCUACAUCGACGACUUAUAUUCGGCGGACCCGGAGAAAUGGCUGCAGUCGAUUCGCUGCAUCAAAAACAACGUCAUAGGCUCCAACAAACAGAAAGAGUGUGUAAUUGCACAAGGCAUUCUCCCAAGACUCCUACAACUUCUACAGGAUAAAUCAGUGAAAACGGCGGUGCGGGUGGAGGCGGCGGUGACAAUCGGCUCAUUGGCGAAGGGCACAAGUAGACACAUUGAACUAAUCAUCACUGCAGGCACCAUUGCAUUGCUAUUGAGUGUGAUUGAAGAAUCAGACCCCAGCCUGAUUGAUGCAUGUCUAUGUUGCCUGCGGACUCUUGCCCAGCAUGACACCAAGAUUAGGAAUAUUAAAUACACAUUGAGCCAACUAGAGAAAUUGCUGAGCUUUGCAGGCCCAGCUGAGAAUAUGUUGAGGCAGUCCUGUGUGGCAAGCAUAUUGAUUGCCGCGUGUAGGGGCGCACAGGAACAGAACGAUUUGUGCACAGUGCAUGCACCUAGCGUACUCGCGUCGUUGGUCUGUGUCGAGCAUCUGGCUGUGCGCAUUCCCACGUUGACUUGCAUCGCCGCGAUGAGCUUUAACAAUAAGGCGGCCGCUAUGGAGAUUGCGAACACGUCUUAUAAAGAUAUCAAGAUUCCUUAUGUUUUAGUUGAAUUAGUUUCUAGAGAUAAACCUAUUGAGAUGCAGCUGGAAGCUGCCAAAUGCUUAACGAAUAUUCACAGAGCUGGUGUAAUACCAUCUACAGAUCCAAUCAUCACGUAUCGAACGCUUCCCUGCUUGGUGCGCAUCUGUCAAACAGAACACACCGAAGAGCAACGCGCGCGAGCUGCGGACACGCUAGCUUACUUAACCGAAGUCGACAGCGACUUGCAACAAACAGCGGCGAUUUCAAAUCAGUUGGUAUCUUCCCUUGCGACACUUCUAGUAUGUGAAGGUGCAGCAGCACGACAAGCCGCCUUUCGAGCCUUUGCUUCCCUAGGUGCAAAUGACGAGGAUAUUCGCAAGCGCAUUAUCGAAACACAACUCUUAAUGGAACGGGUGGUACAGGGUCUUGGUGAUAACGACGAGAAUGUGCGUCUUGCCGCUGUGCGGUGUCUGCAUUCACUCAGCAGGUCGGUGCAGCAGUUACGCACGACGUUUCAGGACCAUUCGGUUUGGAAACCCAUCAUGGCAUUAUUAGCAGGUUCACCCCCUUUUGAAUUACUUAGCGCGACAUCUUCCGCAUUGUGCAAUCUACUCCUCGAGUUCUCCCCAGCGAAAGAAUCGAUGAUCCAACAAGGUGUCAUCCAGUUUCUGGCUGCUCUAACGACGAGACCUGAACCCGCGCUUCGAUUAAACGGAGUGUGGGCACUGAUGAACCUCGCGUUUCAAGCAGAUCAAAAAGUUAAGUCAAACAUCCUCACCGCACUCGAAACCGAUCAAAUCUUCCGACUACUCGCCGAUAUGGACGUGCGAGUUUUAAUGAAAACGCUAGGUUUAUUAAGAAAUCUCGUCUCGCCGCGUGAGCACACCGAUAAUAUGAUGACGCUGCAUGGGCCACAAGUUAUGCAAGCGGUGGUUUUAGUUUUGGAAGGUCCUCACACACCAGAAGUGAAAGAACAAGCCUUGUGUAUAUUAGCGAACAUCGCCGAUGGUGAACGAGCGAAAGAUCACAUCAUGGAAAACGAGGACGUGUUGAAGAAACUAAAGGACUACAUGACACACCAGGCGCCCGGGCUGCAGGCAGCGGCAAUCUUUUGCAUCGGUAACCUGGCACGCAAAGGUGAACCCGGCGCGUUCGAAAGACAAAACAAGCUGAAAGAACUCGGAAUGAUCAACAUUCUGCAUCAGCUCGCGUCGACCACCUCCGACAGUCUUCUGUUCGAUAGAGUAAAGUCUACACUGACGCACUUUCCCGAUCUGUGAAGUUUAUGAAUUUAUUUAUACUGAUAAGUUACUCUCGUGGUGCAGCUACCAACAAACGAAUGUCCAAGCAAAAGAAAAUGAAAAACGAAAUGUAAUUCAAUGUGAUGUGUAGACUGAUGACAUGCUCAUAGUAUUUAUCGUUUAUUUGUUCAAAGGAUAAAACAUUUGACAAAUGAAUCUCUUAAAAUCA